CCCUCCGCGCCCGCUCGUCGCCACUCGCGCCAGCCCCCACAUGGCAUCGUCUAGCCUCUUGUUAUGGAAAAGCGCGCAGUCAGCGGCAGGGGCGAGCCCAUCCCGUCCAUACUCAAGAAACCCAAGAAGAGCUACGAUCUACUCGACAAAAGCUCCAAAAUCAAACGGAACGGCUACAAAAAGGUUGAUGUAAACACUCCCCUGCCCCAGGGCUGUACCCCGCUGAUGUACGCUUGUCAGCAGGCGAACUACAAGUCUGUUGUCGACACACUCAACAAAGACCCAUCAUCAGUGCGCAUCCGAGACCGCGGCCUCCGCUGCGCGCUGCAUUACUGCGCGUCGAGCGGAGCGGGCGCGGGCGCGGGCACGGCAGCGGCGCGGGCAGCGUGCGCCGACCGCGUUUUGAUGGCGGCGCCGGCGCUGGCCGACGCGCGCGACGCCGACGGGCUCACGCCGCUGCACCUCGCCGUCGUGCACGGGAACGUGCCGCUCGUGCAGACGCUGCUCGCCGCCGGCGCUGACGUCAACGCUAAGGACAACGAGCAGCAUACUGUUGUUCAUUGGGCUACAGUGUGCGGCGAGGUGGGUGCACUGCGCGCGGUGCUAGCGGCGGGCGCUGACGCCGCCACAUCGGACCAGCAUGGUGGGUUCCCGCUGCACUACGCGGCGCAGAUGUGCGGCGCGCCGGCCGCCACCGACCACCAGAGUCGCGGCGCCGCGCUGGAGGUGCUGCGCGCGCUGGUGCGCGAGGGCGGCGCGCGCGUGGUGGUGCGGGACGCGGACGGACGCACGCCGCUGCUGUGGGCCGCAUCCGCCGGCUCGGCCGCCGCCGUGCUGGCGCUGCACCAGGCCGGCGCCAGCGUCGACGACGCCGACAGAGACGGAUUGACUGCUCUGCACUGCGCAGCAGCCCGCGGCCACACCGAAGCCCUGGAGACGCUGGUGGGGCUGUGCGGCGCGCGCGUCGACGUCGCCGACUCGCACGGCUGCACCCCUUUACAUUACGCCGCGGCUUUAGGGCAUGCUGACGCUACUUCCGCCCUACUCGUCCAUGGUGCUGAUUCACAUCGACAAGACCGCAGGGGCAGAAGUCCUGCGCACACUGCUGCCGCUAAAGGACAGAUAGAGACUGUCCGUAUACUGGGCUCAAGGGGAGCAAAUUUAUGGUUGAGAAACUCCAAGGGAGACUUGCCUUUACAUGAAGCAGUAGCAUCAGGACGCAGAGAAUUAGUGAAAUGGUUACUUGAUGGAAGACCUUCACAAGUCAAUGCUACAAAUCAUGAAGGGAGAACGCCUUUACACAUUGCAGCGGCCACUGAUAAUGCAGAUCUUUGUCGUUUAUUACUAGACCGUGGCGCUGAAGUUAACCCUGUAGCUAGAUCAUCAAAAAAUGAACCCUUGACUCCGUUAGACUGUGCAGCGAGCAGAGGACAUAGAUCGACAGCUAAGUACUUGCAGAUGCACGGAGGUUUACCAGCUUCUAAGCUAUCAAAUACCCAAGUUAUUAUAGAUAGUACCCAAAUCACUGGGUUACCUACUAGAAAAGUGACGAGUACAAAAAUUGAUGUACGUGAUCGAAUAAGAAUCGAAAAACGUGAAGUAGUUGAACUUUCGAGUCCCGGUUCAGAGAAGCGUACGAUAGUUAAACAAAGAAGUGAGGUUAAUUCAUUAAGUUCAUCAUCAGAUGAGCGUAAAAGUAAAAGAAAGCAACAAACUGAAUAUAAUGACCGAUAUCGAGAUCGAAGAAAAAGGUUAUCUGAAAAACAAAAAAGUUUUAGUGAUGGCUACGAUAGUGAGUUUGAAGGACGCGAGAAACGAAAAGAUUAUAAACAUAAAGUGAAAAAGGAUGUAAAAGAUAAAAAGAAUAGAUCAAAAAGUGAGCCUAGUAGACGAAGUAAAGAAAGCGCAAAGCAACGUAAAUAUUAUAGAUCUACUUCAGAAAGUUCAGAAUCAUCGGAAUCAUCAGAUCAUUCUAAAAAAAGAAAGAGCAAGCGACAUAAAAAGCGUCAUAAAAGAAAAUCUUCGUCUACGACUGAAAGUAGUUCAGAGUCAAGUGACCGUCAAACUACAAAACGAAGAGGUAAGAAAACAUCUAUACAUAUUGAACAUGACGAUGAGAAACAAAAAGUCAAUAUUGUAAAAUAUAAAAAAAUAGAAACUCCCCAUCAAAGUUCAGAAAUACCAGAAAACGAUAAAGACGAUGCAGUAACCGACAAACUACCUGAACACACCGAUGUGGAACCUAAAGAAAGUCAACUGGGCAAAACCAAAUCUCCUAGUGAAACAGAAACGGAUACUCUUUCAGUUAAAACUAAUAUGGUUAUAACAGAAGCUCAAAUUCAUAUGGAACGUGAAUCAAGCCAACAUGGUAGUUCAGAAUUGACUGUUACUAUGGAUUCAUCGAAUAAUGUAUCAAUAGAAACUACAAACUUGUCUGUAACACAUAAGGAUGGAAGCGAAAAUGUACCCCAAGAAACUAUACAAGAAAAACUACUCGAAAAAGAGACCAAAUCUGAGUUGGUAGGAGAACAACCUGAAACAAAAACUGAAGAAAUACCACUUGAUACUCUAACCACAGAGAAUAUAUUAGAAAAAAAAACAUUAGAUACUGCUGAAGGAAGUGAAACCAAAACUUCUGAUGAUGUUGAGCCACCGAAGUCUGAGCCCAGUGUAGAUGUUGAGACUAAAAAAGAAUCAUCCAGUGACAAAGAAAUUAAAACUUCAGACAAAGAAUCUACAGAAAAAUCAACAGAAUUAGUUGAAUCACCUAAAGAAGGAUCUUUAGACAAAAGUCGUAAAACUUCAUUUACAGUUUUAUCAGGACCUGAUGAAGUUAAAAGCGACACUACCACCAAAGAAAUAAAAUCAACUUUGGAGAGUGCUAGUGAUGAAUUAGUUGAUUCACAAGACAAAAGCCUUACUGUCUCGUUUUCUAAUAAAGAUGAGGUGUUUAAAAUCAAGGACACAGAUGCGUCUGAACAUUUAAUGGGGGAACAUAUAGAACAUAAAGAAGUACUUGAAUCUGGAGAUAUGACUAAAGAAACUGAAACUAAAGAUAGCUUUGAAUCUACAGAAAAAAAUAUUGAGUCAACUGCCAGUGGCGAUAGUAUUCCACCCGCUGAUAAAGGCAUUAUAAAAAUUUUAGAUGAUGGUACUUCAAAUGACACGGUACAACAAAGUUUUGAACAAGAUGACCAAGUACCAUAUGACACAAAUUUGCAACGAUCACAAACAUCUCCUAGGCGAUUAAAGUCGUCAAAAGAUAGCCACAGCAGCAGUAGAAAAAGCAGUAUUUAUGAAACCGAAAGUUACAAAGUUCUUUCUGACACUGUAGGAACAGCUGAAGUAGUGGGCACUGGUAUAUUAAAAAAACCAAGUGUAGGGGAUGAUGAACAAGAUCAAAGUUAUGAACAAACUCUACGUAGAGAUAGCUCAUUCGGAAGAAUCCCAAGUAUAAGUGACAACGAAAUUUAUUAUAGUCACUCAGAAGCUAAUGGUAGAAGGAAACGUUUUCGUAAAAAAGGUAGAACGAAAAGCCGAUUGACAAUAAGAUCUAAAAGUGAGAAUUCCGAAAGGGGCUACGAAUCUAGUGGCUUAAUGGAUUCAGGUUUCGAACCUAGCCCACGACCGGUUCAGCGUUGUAUAAUGAGUCCGAGACUCAAUGCUUAUUACCAGCAAAGAAAAAGUGCAAAAGUUACGGGAACGUCCGAUAGUAAAAUACCGGUGCGGAAGCCAGGAGACAAAAGAGCAGUCGACAUGCGGUCGGUUACACAACAAAUACAGACUAAUAUGAGAAGAUAUUACUGCGAACGAAAAAUCUUUCAGCAUUUACUGGAACUGAAACGUCUGCAAAUAAGGACGAGUAAAGCGAACGAAGCCGUUCUAGUCAAACGUACAAUAGACGAAUACAAUAAAUCGAGUUUGGCUCACGUGGGUUUGGGGCCUUACAACAACACGGAUUACUCGUUUAGCAGUUUCGAAAAAUUUCUGUACAAUAGCCUCAGAAAGUUACAAAAAAGUGGCAAGAGACAGUUAGAUAAUUUACCAGAAAAGCCAAUAGACUUUGACUAUGGGGAGAGUGAGUUAUAUAAAAUGAGCUCUAUACCUGACAACCCUUGUCUCUGCACCAGUAAGACUCAUCGGUGUUUCCAUGCAGUGCAUGCAUAUACUGGAAUUCCAUGUUCGGCUUACAUUCCUUAUAAAUGGAAUCACCAUACAAUGCCAAAACCAGUAACAGCAGGCGCGACGGCCAAAUCCAAAGGGUUUCUACCUAAAAUAAAUUCUAAGCCACCAUCUGGGAAAGCUCACGUAACUCUCGAAGUAUCUCAUGGCACAGAUAAACAACUGAUAGCGUUGCCAGCUGAGAAACUGGAUAGAAAUAAGAAAUACUACGUAACAUUUACAGUGAAAGGUUCAGAGCCGACAUCCGACAAUGACAACGCUUCGCCGAAGUCUACCAAGAUUGUUCGAAGUGGCUAGUUUUAAACACUAUAUAGAUAGAACUACACUAAAGCUGACGCUUUAGGUUUUCAAGGUACUCUCAAGCCCUUGAUACUGUGCCUUUAUUAAUAGGCUAAAGAAUAUUAAAGCUUGAUAAAUAAAUUAGGGAUGAAUUUUGAGAAUAAAUACGUAACUAUUCAAUAUUUUCAAUGAUUUGUUAGAAUUUCGACAAAAUUCUAAUAUUGUUAUUAUUAAUAGUUUGAAAUAUAUAUUACCAGAUAAAUCAGCGAGGUGUAAAAUUUAUCUAUUUUUGAUUUUGUAUACUUAUCACUGCCAUUUUAUAAAUUUUGCUUAAAAACCCUACGAAUUGUGAUAUCGGUAGUUUAGAAGAAGUAUUAUUUGUUUUAUAAGUUAUUAUUAGAUGCUCUAUUAGUUAGAAGUCAGAAAAGAAUAACUAUUAUAGCAUAUUUUUGUAAUUUUAUCUAUAAAUUAAUCUGUAUUUUAUUAUUUACUUUAAUUUAGAUAUUAGGUAUACAAACGAACUUAAACUGUGAACAACACGAUAUUGUAUUAGUAUUCUAAUCUAUCUCUCUUUGUCAUACAGAGAUUACCGAUGUAUUUAAAAAUAAGGCUAAAGAAGAAAUUUUCAUCACAAAGACAAUAGGUAUAAAGAUAUUGGAAUUAUAUAAUACCUUUCUUCAAAAUUAUCAAAGAACAGCGAUGAUCUCUGUAGGUAGUUUAAUAUUUAAGUAGAUAAGACGAGUUGCCCCACGUAAUGUUCGAGUCAUCGAGUUAAUAUAAUAUAUGAAGUACAGUUUUAUGGUUUGUUAAUUUAUUUGGAGCUGAAUCGAUCAAGACAUUUUUAGCAACUCAAUUCAACAACUGCAGUGCAUUUUUCUUAAACAACAUCGUCGCCGAAUUUCUCAUCAAUAAGUCCAUUUUUCAUUUAUCCUCUUCUGUCAGCGAACUUUAACUUUUAGAUUACAAGCCCUUGGAAAUAAUUUACCCUUUUUUUGAUAUAGUUACAAUCUUCUAAGCGUUAUUCACGUUGGCUCAUUUCACAGGUUAUUUUUUCCAACGGCUUGUAGUAUUUGUAGAAAUUCCGUUGCGGCAGUUUAGGGUUUGCACUGCUGAGCUCGAGUCCCCUCUCAGAAUGAGAGGGGUUAGGUCAACAGUCCACGCUGGCCCAAUGCGGAUUGGCAGA